GAUUCCUGGCCUCUCUUCUCCCUCACUGCUGUGCCUCACUCUUCACCCUGAUGCCUGAAGAGAAACAGCCAAAGCCAUGGGGCGGAGGAGACCACCUCUACCCGUUGCUGUUGGCGGGGGCAGUCGGUGCAUGGCUCUGGUGGCGUAACAGACAACCGUUGCCUACCAGCAGCAACACCACCAUGUCCGGAAGGGUUUGCAUAGUCACUGGAGCGAACGCAGGCAUUGGGAAGGCUACCGCUACAGCGCUGGCGCAGCGGGGCGCGCGCGUCGUGCUCGCCUGCAGGUCUCCCACAAAGUGUGCUGCCGCCUGCGAAGACAUUCGCCGGAGGGUGCCGGGCGCGGCGUUGGAUGCGUUAUCGCUAGACCUUUCCAGCGUCGAAAGCAUCCGCGGGUUCGUCGAGACCUUCCACAAGACUGGCCUCCCGCUGCAUGUUCUCGUCAACAACGCCGGGAAGCCCGGGACAAUUCGCGGGAUGGAACAGAGCAUGGUCGUGAAUCACCUCGGCCCCUUCCUGCUGACCCACCUCUUACUCCCGGACCUGCGAAAAGCAUCCGCCGCCGCCGCCGCUCCGGCAUCCGCUAUUGGCCAUGGAGAUCGCGAGCAAAGUCCUGAGAACGUUCCUGGAACCGGUCCUUCAUCGAGAAUCGUAAACGUUGGGUCUCGCCUUGAGAAGCGGGGUAAUCUUUGGGCGGCAGCGGUAUCCGACGGCGGCGGGGACACCGCGGUUCCCCCUGGGACGCGCUGGUUCCAGCCCCCCCCCCGGAAAAAGCACGACGCUUUCGGCCUGUACGGAUCCUCGAAGCUGUGCAACAUGCUCUUCACGUUCGAGCUCGACAGGCGGCUAGAGGCGGCGCGAUCAGGGGGGCGACGGCUUGUUACGGCUAACAUCGUGACCCCGGGAAUCGUCAACACAAAGCUCGGCGACGGCACGGUCAGCCCUUGGGUCGCUUGGGCGGGCGCGCCGCUGAAGGCGGCACUCAUGAGGACCGCGGACAAGGGCGCCGAGACCGUAGUGUGGGCGGCGACAUCUCCGGAGAUCGAAGAGAUCGGCGGCGGAAAGUUUUUCGGCGACAAGAACGAAGUCCCCUGCAGUGACGCCUCUAGGGAUGAGGACCUCGCCCGGCAGCUCUGGGAAGCCACGGAGCAAGCGGUAGGGUUAGAAGAAAGCGAACGGGUCGUGUGA